CAAACCAGUGAGAUACACUGGGAAUACCCCAGCAUGGGCACUGACUCACCCACCAAGCCCAAAGAUGUCCUUAGCACAUUGGUACCCCUGGCUGAUCAUCUUAUAUCGAAGCUAAUCCAGCAGCUUCCGUCCCUCAUCCCCAACAGUGACAUGAGAUCUCCUAUGUCUGAUAUCAUCCACAACUUGGAAAUUGACUGCUCUGAUCCUGAUGUGCAGGCAGUCUGUUCUAAGUUCAUCCUCAGAACAGGCUACCUGAUGAAAGUUCUCAGUACACAGCAAGAAGCCAGUACAUCCAGAACUGACAGGGAUACAGACCAGUGGAAAACAGAGGACUACAUCAGUGACAACACAGACGUUCAGAGUAAACAGAAGGGGCAGGAAUCAAGUGAGAUUUAUUACCAGAGAACACCAAAAAAGGAUGAUAGAGAAGGCUCCUCAAGGUAAAUAUAGGUCUGGCAGUCUUUUAAUGAGGAUCUGAGAACUAGGGCAGAACUUAGAACUCAUCUCUCAACUCUAGGGGAGAACUUAGAACUCACUGGUUUAACAGUGAGGAAACUGUCAGAGGUGUGAAGUAUACUCAUUUCCCAUAGGGUUUUGACUGGCUCCAGCAAAAAUAGUUCCCUAGUCAAGGUGGAGGUAGCCAGGACUUUGCCAUCACCAGUCCCUCAAGCAAAGAGGGUGAAGAGUAAGAGGUUUUGGCUGUGCCUGCUCCUGCUGGUGGUGGGCAUCAGGUCCAGGCAGAGGCCUUCUUGGAGGCUUUGGGGACUGGGUCGGGAAGCCCCAGGAUGUUAGACUACAGGGCUGGUGAAAGAUGGAGUGUCUGAGUCCUUCCUGUAAAGGGGUGGGAAAACUUACCUUAUCAGUCCUCCAGGUUACCUUCUCAUCUCUACUCUCUCUUUUAUCCAAACCUCAUAGAGUAUUAGCUGGGAGAGACCUUAGACAAUAGUUUGUCUCUUCCUUUUAUAAUAAGGACAUGGAGAAGGA